CAUUUGCUUCCGUGAGCAGCCGUUGUCACUUGCAAGCAUCUACAGGAUGUGACAGCCUUGCGUGCCACGAAAUGUAUCAGCAUGGAGACCCACGUGGACCUGGCAGCCAUCGAAGGCGCUCUGGCACAGUUGCGGCUCUCGACCGACAACGCCCCGGAUGUGAACCGCUCAAUCGUGACUCUAGCCGCCGGCAGCAAGGCGAACGAAGAGGUAAGGCGACGACUGGCGGACCCAAAAAUCCUGCCGAGACUUGUCGAGGUCGUGGAGUGCAGUCUCAACGACUCGCUCGAAGUUACGACCGACGCACUCCGUUGUAUCGGCAAUGCGUGCAUUGACAACGAAGCCGCCAGAUCUCGUAUCGCUGAUCUUGGCGUUGGAUGGGCGAGGCAAUGCUUGCAGCAGGGCGACGUGGAGUUGGGAUGGCUUGCUGCACAGGUCCUGCAUAACAUUUGCUUUGACUACGUUCCAGCGCAGCGGGCGUGCGUAGUGGCCAAGAUACAUCAUGACCUGAUCUCGCUAUGUACAUUACCAGGAAUCUUGAAGUCUGCCGAUGUCAGCAUGAUCCUCGACUUACUCUUCGACCUUACUGGUGACGGUGUUCUGGACGCAGAAUCCGUGUGGCGGGAUGUACCGCAUCAUAUCAUAACUGGCCUACUGUCGUUGCCACAUUAUCACAUCACGCAUGUGUCCGUGGACGACUUCGCCACCAUCGUAGAGGUAUGCCUGACCUUACUUAGAGUUGCGACGGUGCAAACGCACAUUGUCGCUAACAAGCUGGUCGACAAUGUCUGGCGCUUAUUUGUCGACAUCGAACGUCAAUUGGACGGUCUAGCGGCGAAUGAUGCUAUGAUAGCGGAGCAAAGAGAGCUGCUUCAGCCCCUUUCAUCGAGUGUGCUGUGGUGCUCGAGCGACAUUGCUGCGAACCCGGAGUUUUCUGUGAACUACAAGCGCGAUGAUCCGUUCGUUGAGGCACUCAUUGUGCUUGUUGCGGCUGUUCGAGAAGCGGACGGCUUGGUAUCGACCGCCGUAUCUGCGCACGACACCCAAGUGUUACCGCUGUUUUCGGAAGCAUUCAUCGAACAGGGAGCCCCUACGAGCCAAGUUCUAAGCCUUGGAGGCUGGCGCGAGCUUGCUGCGGCCUGCCAGAUACUUGGUAAUUGGAUCUGGAAGGUGUCGGUCAGCGAAAUUGAACCAUUAGUGCUGACUCGUAACGUCCACAUGGGGCUGUGGUCAGCACUCCGCUUCCGGCUGAUCUCGACAGACAGUCCGGGCAGCUCAAUGAACGACGAGAUCAUCCAUUCAAUAGCUGGUUUCCUACUGCAGCUGUGCCGCGGUGGCGCCAAGGUAUGCGAGAUGAUGGUGGAGCAUGUGGAUGCAAAUGAUGCACUUGCGGCAUUGUGUCACUCUCAGACACCGCAGCUGAAGCAAGAUGGCGUUCGGCUGAUGCAGGCGCUGGGUAAAGGUUCGAUGUCGGCUCGGGAGAAGCUCCGUGAUGUCAUAUCAUCGUUGGAGACUCCGGACGAGACCAGCAAUGCGCUGCAGAUGGAGUAAGCAAGUAGAGCGACGAUGGCAGAAGCGGAAGGCACGUUCAUCUCGCCUCCAUGUGAUAUGGGGUACGGCCACGUAGAGUAUGAACGUCGACACAAACUUGCGAAUCGGGAUUCGCAUUGAUAGAAAGAUCAAGGCAGCUUUCAAACGGCCGAAAGAUUAUUCCGCUCGAGUGAUGAC